AUGACAUCCUUCGGCAAAAGCACUGAGUCGUGGAUCGUGGGUGCUGGGCUGGAGGCGCCAGGAAUGCAUUCGCUACCAGACUGCCGGUCUCAGACCAUACCAUUAUCCAUCACGAAUCCAUCUGUGUACAGACUAGACGUGGAAAUACGUGUGGGCAUGCAAAGUGUCGAGUGGACGCUCCACUACUCCUUCACUGGCCCCAUCGAGGCGCGCGAGCAGGCCAACGGCUGA